AAAUUAUAUACUCUGUCCCUCCUCGAGACAUUCGCUUCCCCUCCCCCUCCACCCGCUUCCUGUCUUCUUCCUUUUUCCCACCUCUCCCAACUCCUUCAAAAGGCCAUCACCCCGUCCAAGUCCGCUCUCGAGUCCGGUCGCAUCUCUCCUUCCAACUCUUAGAUCUUCCCUUCGUCAAUCCGACAAGAUGGCCGAGAACGACAAUGCUCACGAGCUCGAGUUCGACACCGCCGAUGCCGGUGCCUCGACUACCUUUCCUAUGCAGUGCUCUGCCCUGCGUAAGAACGGUCACGUCGUGAUUAAGGGUCGUCCUUGCAAGAUCGUCGACAUGUCCACCUCCAAGACGGGCAAGCACGGUCAUGCUAAGGUCCAUCUUAUUGCCAUUGACAUCUUCACUGGCAAGAAGCUGGAAGAUCUCUCUCCCUCUACACACAACAUGGAUGUCCCUCACGUCUUCCGGAAGGAAUAUCAGCUCCUUGAUAUUGCCGACGACGGUUUCAUGUCCCUGAUGAACGAUGAUGGCGACACCAAGGACGAUGUCCGCGUUCCCGAUGGCGAGGUUGGCGAGAAGAUCAACCGCCUUUUCAAGGCUGAGGAGAAGGACACCAACGUUAUCAUCCUCUCUGCCAUGGGUGAGGAGGCCGCUGUUGAGGCCAAGGAGGCCCCGAAAUAAACGAAUAACCCUUUCCGCGCCAAUGCAGACGCGCUGUUGCGACGCAGCUCUCUUAUAUUUUUGCGGUUGUCGGCGGAGUCGGACGAACUUUGGCAUAUCGUCUGGUAUGUCUCGGUUUGCUGAGUACCCACGAGUCGUGGGCAAAAGGGGACGGUGGGGGAGGGGGCUCUAUCUGGACAGGAACUGAUGAUACUGGUUAUGCGCACUCGGCAAUACCAUGAGAUGGCAUGAACGACUUCUAUUUCCUUAUGUUUUCCCAUUGCCUCCCAACUACCCAUCACGGCCCACGUUAGCACUGCGAUAGGUCGAAAUAGAGGGAGAGCUUCGCUUUGGCGACAAACUUGUCCAAUAAAACGACAAACACUUGAACAACCACC